UAAGCAGCUCACCACCACACACUCACUCAGCCACUCCACUCUGCCGUCAACCCCUUCCUCAUCUGGUCCUCCCUCCCACCGGCGGGCGGCGGCCAUGGACCAGCAAGUGUUCCUCGGCGUCUCCUGGGGCGAUUUGCUCACCUACCUGAAGCGCAACAGCGGCAUGGAUCCCGAGCUGGUGGUCUACGGCCAUAACCUGGUGCUCUCCUACGUCUACGACUACAUCCCGGACCCUCCCGUCUCCCCCAUCGCCACACUCUCGCUUUCCGGCUUGCCGUGGGUCCCCGACGGCGUCGACCGCAUCAGCUGCCUCCCGGACAAGGUCCUCCGUAACAUCGUCUCCCGGCUCCCCGCCAAGGAAGCCGCGCGCACGGCCUCCCUCGCCUCGCGCUGGCGCCCCAUCUGGCGCUCGGCACCCCUCGUUCUUGUCGACAGCCACCUGCUCCCGGACGGCGCCGUGCGCGGGCAGCUCGUCAUCGGCUCUCCCUCUCCCCGCGCCGUCACCGCCGCGGCGCACCCGGGUCCCUUCCGCUGCGUCCACCUCACCCGCACCACCAUGGAUGAGCACCGGGGCGAGAUGGCGCGCUGGCUCGACAUCCUCGUCGCCAAGGGAGUCCAAGAACUCUUCUUCGUCAACCGGCCUUGGCCGCUAGAUCUGCGCCUCCCCGCGACGCUCUUCAGCUGCGCCUCCCUCACCCGCCUCUAUCUCGGCGUCUGGAGGCUCCCGGACACCACCGCCGUACCGCGUGGCGCCAGAUUCCCCAACCUCCUGGAGCUCGGCCUCUGCUUCAAUGCCAUGGAGGACCGCGAUCUGGCAUUCAUGCUUGAAAGAAGCCCCGUCUUGGAGUUCCUCCUCAUCAUGGGAAGUCAGAGCGGAGUGCGCCUCCGCCUCGUCAGCCAAAGCCUGCGGUGUGUUCAGCUGGGCCUCUUCUCCUUUGACGACCUGGACGUGGUGGAUGCCCCUAGUCUGGAGAGACUUUUUCAGUAUAACACCAACAAUAACAGCCCCACCAAGAACCGCUCUUCCAGGAUCAAGAUUGGCCAAGCACCUAAACUUCGAGUGCUGGGAUACCUUGAGCCAGGAGGGCAGGAAUUGGGGAUUAGCAACACCGUCAUCGUGGCUGGGAUCAAGGAGAGCAUUGUCCCUAGUGUCCAGAUUUUGGCCAUAGAGGUGCAGUUCGGUGUCCGCAAUUCUGUCAAGAAAGUGCCUGGCUUUCUCAGAUGCUUCCCCAACCUGGAGACGCUCCAUGUCCAGUCUCACCGCAUAUCUGAAGAGCCCACCGGAAAGGUCAAUGUCAAGUUCUGGCAGGAGGGCGGUUCCAUCAAAUGCGUCGUGGAGAGCAUGAAGAAGGUGUUCUUGUACGAGUUCCGAGGGUCGAGAAGCGAGGUUACUUUCCUCAAGCUCGUCGCGGAGAGGGCUCGGGUGCUGGAGCAGAUGGUGGUCGUGGUGUCUAGUGGAUCUUUCUCUCCAGUGGAUGAUGUGAGUGCCAAGCUGAAGCCUCUCACCAAUGCAAAAUGGGCCAGUAAAGCUUGCAAACUUGAGCUCUUCAACAGCCCACCUGCUGAAGACGGAAUGGCACCCUUCUGCCGCCGGCUAGCAAAUGAUUUCUCGUUCCCGGACCCUUUUAACGUCAAAGAGUACCAUGAAGAAAGAAUCUCUCUAAGUUAACAAGUACAGUAGCACCCUGACUCUUGUACAAGACUACCUAGCUAGACUUUGUGCUGCUGGACUUGGCAGAAGCUCAAAAACCCGCAUCCGUGCGAUUUAUCUGGCAGGCCAUUUUUGUAUAGAUUGCACAUUUGCCAAGUCUUAUGAGGCUGGAUGCUUGUGGAAGUAACUAAUAUAAUUAGAUAAAAUGUUAGCGGUACCAAUUUCUCCAAGUUUGUUGCUUUGAAAGUCAGUUCCGUCAG